ACACACACAGGGAUUCAGUCCUUCUCAGCAGUUAAGCAGCUUCAAUCAUCCCACCUACUCUUUCUCCCUCCCAUUUACUCAAUUUCAUUCAUUCCUUCAUUCAAUGCCUGCUCUUCAUUCAUAAAGCGCUCACCUUUGUCUCUACCAAGCCAUUAAAUUCCCUCAAAGUUUUCAUCUUUUCUGCUCAGAAAUUAAAACCCAGAAAGAAAAAGAUGCCUCUGGUGAGGUUUCAGGUGAGGAACGAGUACGGCCUUGGUCAGCCUCAGCUCUACAAAGAUGCUAACAGAGAAGAUCCCAAGGCCGUGCUUGACGGCGUCGCCGUCGCCGGCCUCGUCGGGAUCUUGCGCCAGUUGGGCGAUCUCGCCGAAUUUGCAGCAGAGGUUUUUCAUGGCUUGCAAGAGCAAGUGACGACUACAGCUUCUAGAAGCCAUAAGCUGAUGGUUCGCGUUCAACACAUUGAAGUUGCACUUCCUCCCCUUGAGAAGGCUGUACUUGCUCAAACAAGCCACAUACAUUUUGCAUACACAGCUGGUUUAGAGUGGCAUCCGCAUAUUAGAAGUGAAAGGCAUCAUUUCAUCUACAAUGACUUGCCACGAUUUAUCAUGGAUUCGUAUGAAGAAUGUAGCGAUCCUCCGCGUUUGCACUUGCUUGACAAAUUUGAUACUGGUGGUCCAGGAUCAUGUUUAAAGAGAUAUUCAGAUCCAACAUUUUUCAAAAGAGCAUCCGCUAUCCCUGACGAAGCAAAUGCUGAGAAACUGCAAAGAGAUAGGAAGGCUCAAAGAAGCAAGAAAAAGAAAGGAUCACAACAUAAUGGAGAUAUAUCACGUUCUGCAUCGAUAUCCAAUCGCAGUAACAGAAUGCAACCUAUUUCUUCAAAUGUGAAUGGGCAAAGCUCACCUUCGCAAACUGUCUCCACAACUGACAUGGCGGCAUUGAAGUCUGACCUUGAAAACAAUUCUAAUUCUUUUGGUUCAAGAACUGAGUUAGGAUAUUAUGAGUAUGUUGCCCAUUCAAGUUCCUCUCUGCAAGCCAAACCACAAGAAUACAAGGAAUCCCCUACUUCUGAAUCGGUGCAUCAUGAUGAUACUCUUGAAUCUGUUUUGCAUGACGGUGAAAUUGUGUUUGUAGAUGGUAACUCUCCUGGAAGUUCAUUACAGGACCAAGUUACCUCUGGUUCAUCUUGUGGUAAAUGGGAUGAGAAGGCAGAAAUAGUUGAUCCUACUGGUCAACAGAAGUGUUUAGAUGAAACUACAGAAAUGCUCCCUACAAUGGGUGGCGUGGAUGCACAUGAAGGGAGAGCUGGUGACAGUAGGAGUAUUCAGCCAAAGGAUUACCUCUUUGAUGGCGAAAAUAUUUUGGAACCAUCCUUGAGCAGGAACCAAAUUGAUGAAAUUGUAAGUGAACCAGAUGAACCAGACGCUUUCAUGGAUGCGCUUAAUACCAUCGAAUCGGAAUCUGAAAAUGAUCUUGAGUGUCAAACAAAACGAGAAGUAAAACCUGUCCCUACUUUUGUCAAUAAGGAAGGACUGGAUGGAAUGCAUGAGAUCACCAUAGAUUGUAUGAAUCCUCAAACUCCAAGGUUUGAAUCUCGGAGCGCAACAUCUCACAUUUCCCCUGAAAGAGAAAUGCCGGUGCAUAUACCAAACUCAGCAUCAUUAGAGAGCCCUGUUCCUGAGCAGAUCCCUCAAGUAACUAUUGAACCAUCUAAUUCAAACCACUAUGUAGGGUCUGAUAGAACUGACAUUCUUGACGAUUCAAGGUUAGAAACUGUGGAUUGUGAUUCAGCACCCUCUGGCUCGGGAACUACUACUGUGCAGGAUAAGAUCAUAAGCGGUUUAGGUGAGCCUCAAGACUCUCCUUCUGACGUUUCCAGGAGUAAUUCAAUAAAUUACUGGACAGGUGUAUGUGAGCCUCAAGACACUCCUGCUGACAUGUCCAGGAGUAAUUCAAUAAAUUUCUGGACUAAUGGUGGCAUGUUAGGACUUGAGCCAUCAAAACCUCCUGAUUUCAGCAUGGCAAGUCCUGUAAAUCCUGCUAGCAGAAGUACAGCCGAGACAGUUGAUCUCUCAAAUCAUGCUUACAAGCUUAUAGUCGAUGAGCAUGAAACAGGACCAAGCAUGUUGACUAUGGAUGAUCGAUGUAAUGAUAAAGGUCAAGAGGAUGGUAUCUCAUCAGAGACAAUUUCUAAGGGAGUUUCACCUAUGGAAUCGUAUACAAAGCUUGGAAAUAUUGGUGAUUCUAAUAAGAGCAAUGGAUUUGGCCAGGCCAUGGAGGAUAGUUGGAAAAGAACCAACACAAUGGAACCUGGAAAUGUGUUACCAGUUGCUCCAUACACUAAAUCUGCUUCCAAUGAAUUAAAUCAGGAGAAUGAUGAAAACUCUUCGCGGGUUUUUGGACUUGGUCGUAGGUUACUUGAGAACGGUUUUGGUAGAAAUGUAACGUUUGACAAAUUUGAGCCUGCUAGCUACUUGAAUGCUGAUGAAUUGGAGCAGAAAAGUGAGCACCAUAGAGUAGUGUACCAAUCAUUUCCUGAUACAGCCUUCCAAGAGCAGUCUGUGGAUGGAUUUGCAGUUCAUUCAUCUCCUUCUUCACCACCACUUGAACACAUGAAGAUAUCUUUCCAACCCCUCAAUGGCAUUGAAACUUCCAAACUAAAACUGAAAUUAUCUGAUGGGAAUCAAAGCCAUGGAAGUGUAAGAGACAUGUUUCAAUCAUUCCAGUUGACCCCAGAACCUGCUGUCCCUUUGCAUGAAUUUGGUUCUGAUUCUGACGAUGACACCUUCUGUCGAUCAUCUCCUUACAUAUCUGAUGAUUGUGUUAGCCAUCACUCUGAAUCCAAUUCUGAACAAUGGGAGUCUAGUGCAACUCCUGAGAGAGACAACCAUGAACUUUAUGAUGCCUUGCGUGGAAUCUCAUCGGUGGAACAUAUUUCCAGCUCUCCGGAACUAGGGGAAAUAGCCAGCAAUGCCAUUUAUAGUGAUGGUGGAAUCAAAAGCGUUCACUCUGAGGAUGGUCUGGUACAGUAUCUCUCUGAUCCUUUACUUGAUCUUCCAAGCUUAGAUGCUUUCAAACCUGUACUUCUGCAAGAACCAAAAGAUGUUUCUGCACUAAUGGAUGUCAAUGGUUUGAGAUGUCCGGCGGAAUCUACACCAGGACCACCACCUCUCCCUCCAGUGGAAUGGUGCCUUUCUAAGCCUCAAUUCGAUGCUACAGAAGAAAAUCAAGAUGUAUCUGAAGGUUUUAAACGUGUACUUAAUACAGGCCUCUUGGGGUCUAUCACCUUCCAGCAACCGCCAUUAAAGCAACAAGUGAAUGAAGUGCCUGUUUGUAUUAAACCAAAAUUCAAGCAGAACCAGCAGGUGAAUGAACACAAAGAAGCUGAUCAGGCUCUAAACAGCAAAGAGAUAGACGAAAAUGACUUCUUACGACAAAUCAGAGCACAGUCAUUCAACCUGAGACGCACAGUGACAGCAAAGCCAACGACUACUACACCAGGACCUGCUACCCAUGUCAAAGUCACUGCAAUUUUGGAGAAAGCAAAUGCUAUCCGCCAGGCUGUUGGAAGCGACGAUGGGAAUGAUGAUGACGAUACCUGGAGUGACACUUGAUCUGUCCAUGCUUGUUAUGCCACUCCAUGAGAAUAAUCCUCUUAAUGGCAUAGUUCACAAAGCUGGUUAGUUGUAGGUGGCUGUGUUACAUAUAAUGUGAAUAAUUUCAGUUUCUUCAUGUAAUUAAUCGUAGGGCUGAUCUUGUAUUCCCCUUUGCAGUAAUUUUGAUUGAUUCCUUUAGGUAGAAAGAUGAGAUAAGUUGUAGGGUUGAGUAUGAUGGAUUAUCCACACACUUGAGGCAACCAUAUAUAGAAUGCCAUAAUGCCUAAAUAUAUUGUUGUUGUUCCUUGAGCACAAUGUUCUUUCUUUUUUUGGAAGAGGUUGAUAUGUUCUUCU